AUGACUGGAUUCAACGCACGUACCCAGAGACAGGGCAGAGUUUACCUGCUGGAGGUUGAUGGGAAGGAGGCCAUCGUCCUGGUGCAUUGGCUUCUCACGACAUGGGGCUGCAUGGAGUGGUUACCCUCCUCCUACGCCUGGGGGAACUUCACCAUUCUGGCCGUGGGGGUCUGGGCCGUGGCCCAGCGGGAUUCUGUCGACGCCAUCCUCAUGUUCCUCACCGGCCUGCUCCUGACCAUCCUCACGGACAUCGUGCACAUCAGCCUGUUUUACCCAGCCCUGAUCUCGCUGUCGGAUGCUCUGCGCUUCAGCACCGGCAUGGCCAUCUUCAACCUCCUCCUGAAGCCGCUGUCCUGCUUCUUCGCCUACCAGAUGUACCGAGAGCGUGGGGGAGAAUACGCCUUCAAUUUAGGUUUCCUCGGCGUGGGGCAGGAUCAGAGCUCGUACCAGUCCAUUGACCAUGCAGAUCCGCCGCGGCCCUUUCCGGAUGUGUCCACCAAGGUGGCUCCACCACGGCCCUACUGAGACGGUCUCCUUUGCUGGGUCUUCUGCCCUCGACUUGCUGCAUCUGGGAAUAAACUUUCACACCCCCUCUGUUGUUUCGCCACUAAAGGAAGUACGGUCACUGGGAGGGCAGAAAACUGGACCAUCUGCCAAUUUCCCAACAUUUCCUUUCUCUUCUCGGGAGCGUUGGGAGGGGGAGGGGGUUCGGAUUGUCCGGGAUUUCCUGCUGCAUAUCCUGAGCCGCAGCCCGCCUCGAAGGAAGCGCAUGGCUCUUCCCGUGUGCAGCUGCAAGCGCCACCUCUGUGCCCCCCUGCCGUGGGGUAGCCAGGGUUGCUACAGCUGCAUUUUUGCCAACCAGGGCUAGUCUAAGGGAGAGAUCCCAUGUAGCUGUCUGAACAGAUCCUGAGAAAGCAGGCGAUCACCCUUGCUAGGAGGUGGAGCUGCCAGAGACUUGCAGUCCCAGUGAGAACGGGACCCCAGGGAUUGGUCAAAGCCACAUUCACCUGUUUUUUGGAGUUGAAGGGACAGUCCCCCCCACACACACACACCUGGUGCCUAACUCUGUGCCACUUUGGGAUCAUGAAUUUUGCAUCUCCUAAU